UACUCAUACUGAUAACUCUCAAAUCGCAAAGCAGGGUUCUUUUUAGGGCUUAUACACCCUCCAGUGAGAGAGAGAUCCACCAAUUCGAUAGAUCGAUUCCGUGGCGUGGUGCGCAGGCGAAACAAGGUAUGUUGUCUGGCAGGCAGUCGCUGCUGCGAUCAGCGGCGCCGCUGUGGCGCUGCGCCACCAGCAGCGGCGGCAUCCGGCGGCGAUGCUACGCCGAGGAGGCGAAAAAAGACACGCCCACCAACAAGGCAGUGGAGGCAUUCAAAGAAAUGUGGUCUAAGGUGGCUCCCAACCUCGACUUCCCCAAGACGCCCCACGAAUCUAUGGCGUCGCGGCCCCCUGUGCCCCCAGCCAUCCCCGAAAAGCUCACCGUGAACUUCGUCUUGCCUUCCGAGGUAGCCAUGAACGCCGAGAAGGUGGAUAUGGUGAUCCUGCCAGCGACGAGCGGUCUCAUGGGUGUGCUGCCCGGUCACGUCCCCACCAUAGCCGAGCUCAAGCCGGGCGUUCUGUCCGUCCACGAUGGCGGCCAGGUAAAGACGCAGUACUUCCUCAGCAGCGGCUUUGCCUUUGUCCACGCGAACUCGGUCACCGAUAUCGUCGUCGUCGAGGCUGCGCCGCUCGACCGGUUUGAUCCCGACGAAGUAAGGAAGAACCUCGCGGAUUACAACCAAAAGCUGAGCUCCGCCACCACGGACCUUGACAAGGCUCAGGCACAGAUUGGAGUGGACGUUUUCGGAUCGCUGGCUUUCGCGCUGGGCGUCACGGCUUGAGGAGAGCUCUUGGUUACCGCUGGUGCCGGGUUUUGGUGGUGGAUGAUGAUGAUCAACGAACGAGAGAUCGUGGUGACAAACUUGAUGGUUGAGGACAUUUCCUUCGCUUCUUCUAUUUUCUUGAGCUUGAAUAAGAAAGCUCGCAGGACCUUUUUGUUGCUGGCUUGUGUAACAGAACACAACAAAACGAUUUCCUCCCUUGAGUGAGACACUGUUUGAUGAUAAAGUUGAGGUCACUGAAUCUCUUACCUUUU